GUAGCGGAAUACUCCGAUGCGUUGAAAGAAUCAAUAAAAAGCCACACCGAGUACCUCGUUCAGGCCUCACCGACCACGUCCAAAGUAAGAACAGAUGACAUAUUCACCAACAUUCUCAUGCAACAUGGAAGAAAACCAGUCGAAGAUCCUCAUGUGAAAAGAAAAGAACGCCUUCGCCGGUACGGUCAAAUAAGUGGAAAGCAAAUAAACAGCUCUCAUGAAAUUAUCAUCCCAACCGACGGGAAACGAAAAAAACGCCUUCGCCAGUACGGUCAAAUAAGUGGAAAGCAAAUUAAAAGCUCUCAAGAAAUUUUCAUCCCAACCGAUGGGAAACAUCCAAAAUCUGUUCUUGUCGCUGGAAAGGCAGGCAUCGGUAAAACACUGUUUUGUCAAAAGCUGAUCAGAGAUUGGGCUGACAACAAAUUGUUUCGAUCCAGAGCAAAUGCAGAAGUACCUGAUUUUAAGUUCGCAUACUUGCUCACGUUCCGUCAGCUUAACCUACUUGGGGACGACCCUGUUACCUUAAAGGAUAUCUUAAACCGAUCUUCAGCGCUAGAUGACCACUCAAAUAUCGACGACUCUAUAUUUGAGUACAUUCUUCAUCAUUCCAAAGAAGUUUUGAUUAUCAUCGACGGGUAUGACGAGUGUUCACAACGAGAGUACAUCGCUAGUGAUUCGGAUGAAAAGUACCCAAAUAACGCCAAAGAGAAGAUGCCAGUAGCAGCACUGUGUGCCAAGCUUAUCAAAGGAAAAAUACUGAGAGGUUCGGUUGUCAUGAUCACGUCAAGACCCGACGAAUCUGACGAAAUGAAAGCCAAAGACAUCUAUUUUGACAGAUACGUUGAAAUUAUAGGAUUUUCCGAGCCACAGGUAAAAGAAUACAUUGGAAAGUAUUUCAAAAACAACGACCGAAUGAAAAACAUUGUAAUGGACCACAUUACAAAGAAUGACAAUCUUGUCAGCUUUGCCCACAUUCCUGUGCUCUGUUUUCUUAUGUGCUCCUACUUCGAAUAUACUCUACAGCAACCAAAGAAAAAUAAUCCUCUCCCGGUGAAAACAAGUGACCUUUAUGAUGGAGUGGUCAACAUGUUCGUGCGAAGACACGAUACAAAGAAAAGAGCCUCUCUCAAGAAGACUCUGGAUGAAUUAUCAAAGCUGGCAGCUCAACUUCUUCUGGAGAGAAAGUUUCUUUUCUUUAAAGAGGAUUUGAAAACUUUGAACUUACAUGAGGUUGAACUGAUUCUGUGUGGAAGCGGUCUUCUUCAUUGCGGUCCUCCUUUCAGAAAAUCUUUUUCUGAGACGACUAAACAUUUUUGUUUUACACAUUUGACUCUUCAAGAGUACUUGGCGGCUCGUUGGUUUGUAGAGACAAGAACUAUCCCCCCCAAACAUGUGUCUACAGAAGUAGUUCUGUUUAUGUCUGGUAUUUUGUCCAAGCAAAAAGACAACGAAUUUGAGGAGAAGAUGAUUAUCCACACAGUUCUCAGCGACGACUUAUGGGAAAAAGAAGCCAAAAGGGGGCAUUUAAUUUCUAAAUGUCUCCUAAGAUACGAAGACAUUGAGUUUGCCAAGGGAAUAGUAAAGAGAUUUCACGACGUAUUCGACAUAAGAAAUGGAUCUUUUGGUCUUUCUGGCUCUAGGAUGGGGGAUGUGGACUGUCCUGCUGUGUCUUUUACAUUAAAUGUUUUAGGUGCACUCAGUGAAGAGAAGGAAUCUGAAUGGAAUACAAUCACCACACUUAAACUGACUUCUUGCACGGUCACCGAUACCGAUGUUGCCAGUCUAUGUCAAGUAUUACAGAGACCAACAUGUAAAGUCACCGAACUUCAUCUGGGUGGUAAUCAGAUUACCGAUGCCGGUGUUGCCAGUCUAUGUCAAGCAUUAGAGAAACCAACAUGUAAAGUCAUCAAACUUUAUCUGGGUUUUAAUCAGAUUGCCGAUGCCGGUGUUGCCAGUCUAUGUCAAGCAUUACAGACACCAACAUGUAAAGUCACCGAACUUGCUCUGAGUGGUAAUCAGAUCACCGAUGCGGGUUUUGCCAUUCUAUGUCAAGCAUUACGGACACCAACAUGUAAAGUCACCGAACUCUAUCUGGAUGAGAAUCAGAUCACCGAUGCCGGUGUUGCCAGUCUAUGUCAAGGAUUACAGACACCAACAUGUAAAGUCACCGAACUUCAUCUGGAUGAGAAUCAGAUCACCGAUGCCGGUGUUGCCAGUCUAUGUCAAGCAUUACAGACACCAACAUGUAAAGUCACCGGCCUUUAUCUGAGUGAAAAUCAGAUCACCGAUGCCGGUGUUGCCAGUCUAUGUCAAGCAUUACAGACACCAACAUGUAAAGUCACCGAACUUUAUCUGGAUGAUAAUCAGAUCACCGAUGCCGGUGUUGCCAGUCUAUGUCAAGCAUUACAGACACCAACAUGUAAAGUCACCAAACUUCCUCUGAGUCGAAAUCAGAUCACCGAUGCCGGUGUUGCCAGUCUAUGUCAAGCAUUACAGACACCAACAUGUAAAAUCACCGAACUUGAUCUGGAUAAUAAUCAGAUCACCGAUGCCGGUGUUGCCAGUGUAUGUCAAGCAUUACCGACACCAACAUGUAAAGUCACCGAACUUCAUCUGGGUGGUAAUCAGAUCACCGAUGCUGGUGUUGCCAGUCUAUGUCAAGCAUUACAGGCACCAACAUGUAAAGUAACCGAACUUGAUCUGGGUUUUAAUCAGAUCACCGAUGCCGGUGUUGCCAGUCUAUGUCAAGCAUUACAGGCACCAACAUGUAAAGUAACCGAACUUGAUCUGGGUUUUAAUCAGAUCACCGAUGCCGGUGUUGCCAGUCUAUGUCAAGCAUUACAGGCACCAACAUGUAAAGUAACCGAACUUGAUCUGGGUUUUAAUCAGAUCACCGAUGCCGGUGUUGCCAGUCUAUGUCAAGCAUUACAGGCACCAACGUGUAAAGUUACAAAACUUAAUAUGGAGAUAAAUCAAAUCACCGAUGCCGCUAUGGACCGUCUAAAGAAUAUUUUA